UGCUAAAUCCUCAUCCUCUACACUUGCAGAAGUCGCAACAACUUUUUCCAGUGUGAUCAGUACAUUGGUCAAUCAUGCUGAUACUACUGGUGGUAAAGUUGAUGUUGCUGUGGAAGUAGCGAAUAUUAAAAUAACCGCUUCUUAUACUCCAAAAACAUAA